UUAUUUCAAGAAGUCUUCCAUUCAAACAAUGAAAAAAAAUGAUUUGGGCCUCAGUAUUGAAUUCCAGUGCAAAUCUUCUGCCGAGUAUCAAACCUCUACGUCAAAGUGCAGCCUCAAAACAAAUAUUGUUGUUUAGUUGCACACUCCAUUUGAACGUAACUAAACCAUAACAUCAUUUGCGUACUAAAUCCAGGACUAUAUUGAUUUGUGAAAUACUUUUUUUGUAAUAUAAUUACAGGUUUUUAUGAAUGCAAAUUUUAGCCUUGAAGAUCCAGAUACUUUUAACUCUGUUUURCCCUGGGCACUAGUCACAGCUGACUCAUCACAAGCAGAACGUGACAGGGCUGGACUUAUAAAUACACACAGAAACUCUGCUAAACUGCUUCAAGAAAAGCUGUCACACUAUCUGGACAUCAUAGARAUGAACCUGGCUUACCAGAUAUCACUGAGAUCUGAAGACUUCUUUAGUGCCAUGGCAUCACAGGACCAGUUACAAGACCACGUUGGACAAACCAUCACUGAGAUUAAACAUCUUAGGUUAAAAGUGAAAAAAGUAUCUGAAGUGUUGUGUUUUGGUAAUCUGGAGAUGUUACGAAUUUCUUCUCUGAGAUCAAAAUAUGCAUCUGUCUAUGAAAAGCUAAAACUGAUGGCAACUGUUCACCAAACACAACCCACCAUACAGCUACUGCUGUCUACAUCAGACUUCGUUGGUGCUUUGGACCUGAUAUCCACUACACAAGAAGUACUUCAGCAAGAAUUGGCUGGAGUACAAAGCUUUAGACAUUUAGGGUCCCAACUGGCAGAGAUGGAGAGAGUCAUUGAAAGGAUGAUGGAGGCCGAAUUCAUAGAAUUCUUAACAGCAAACCUUAACAGACCUUUGACAGAGGUUGAAGACAAUGGGCAUCUUGUAGAUGAGGAUCGAUUAGUAUCAGUCCUGUUUGGACUUCUACGCAAGCACAAGUUCCAUUUUAUCCAUCUGUAUCGUGAUGAAGCUUAYUCAACAAUWAAAACUACUAUCAAACAGACUGUCUACAGCGCAGUAGCAGAUCAAGCUGAAAAUGAAGAAGAAAGUCAAACYAUUGCUGACAUCAUGAAAGGCCUAGACUAUCAACAAUGGCUACAAAUACUACACAAAGUAUUCAAUGCUGCACUAGAAAUCUUACAAAGGAUGAAGAUACUUCACAAAAGUAUAGUAGGGGUGCUGUCYAUUGCUGCUGGUAACUGCCGGUCAAGUUCUCCYGAUGACUUAAUCAUGGAAAAUAUCAGAGAAGAAGCAGAGAAUCUACAACUGACCUGUGAUGUUGAUGUCCUUAUAACCAAUACUGAGUUCAAUAAAAUAUCCCAAGAGAGCAAAGAGCUUCUAUGUGCAGCYUGUGAGAUGGCUCAAGUACGCUGUGCUAAACUUAUAAAUAUUAGAGCAAAGGCUGGUUACCUCGACAGUUUGACAUCAGUGGAAUUUGUCACUUUGACUCGUAUGGUUGAAGGUUAUGUUAUGGACUGUGAGGGGAUCUGUGGCCGUCAGUCUCACAGUUUACGAGCUACAUUACUUUCACAAGCCAAGAAGUUUGUAGAGAGAUUCCACGAAGAAAGAAGAAACAAAUUAGGUUUAAUUCUAGAUAAUGAGAGAUGGAAGCAAGCUGAUGUUCCUGCUGAGUUUCAAACCCUCGUAAAUUCUCUGAUAGAUGGAAUCAAUCCCAGAGGCAAAGAUCCCAAAUUUUCUCUUGACCAGUCAAGUAAAGAAAUUAAGGUUUCUACGUCGACAGUACUCAUAAUUAAUGGUGAAAAAUUUGUAGUAGUUGGUACCGUUCUUCUGCUACUCAAGAUGAUUGUAGAAUACUGUCAAUGUGUGGAUGACACACCAAUGCUCGUUACUGAUAUCAUGAACAAACUCUUUGAAAUUCUCAAGCUAUUUAAUUCMCGUACAUGUCAACUGGUCCUAGGAGCUGGUGCUCUUCAACUAGUUGGUCUAAAAACAAUAACAGUUAAACAUUUAGCUCUUGCUUCAAGRUGUCUUCAGGUCAUUGCWUUGCAUCUGCCGGUCUUUAAAGCUCACUUCGAAGGACGACUUCCACCAAAACAGUACAUUUUAUUAUCACAAUUUGACCAGAUUCAAAAGGACUACACAAACCAUCAGUUGGAGCUUAACAGUAAAAUCAUUGGUUUGAUGGAGGAAGCGUUUAAUACAUCACUUUCACGGUGGGAAGUCAAGCCCCCAAUGCCAUCACAAGCUAUGAGAAGUAUUGUUAAACAAGUCGUCAAGCUACACGAAUCAUUAUCCACAGUAUUCUCACAAGAACAGAUAGAGACAUUAUUUAAAGAAAUCAGAAGAAUAUUUAAGAACUGCUUAGCAGAAAAGUUACUAAAGCUGAACGUGAUUAACGAUGGUGGACCUCAGCAUGGGCUCGUCACGUCAGAUCUAGCAUUCCUAAUUGAAAGUGUUCGUUCUUUGCAUGGUUUACGAGAUAUUUCCAAAGUCCUAGAAGACCUUUGGAGAACUGUGAACGAUCUUAAAGCUGCUAGGAAUUCACCAUCCACAACAAGAAAGAAAAGUCAACAAAAAUAGGUUUUAUAAUGAUGUAAUUUCAGGUAAAUCRCUGAUAAUUUAGCAUUUGAGAUGGCAAAAGUGCGGGUACGAGAUUGGCGMUUCCUAUCCUGAAUCAAUGACAACUUUAUUGAAAUUAGCAGGUAAAAAGGACGGAUGUCGUACAAGUGUGCAAAACUAUAGCACUUUUUGAAGUGCACUUUGUUUCAAAGAUAAAAAAGACUAUGGCUUUGUGCACACGAUGACGGAAACCUUUGUAUUCUUCGUUUGCRAUAUACUUCACAGCGACCAUCUGGGAUGAACUUCAACAAAGUAUUUCUCAUUAGUAUCUAUUAUUACUAUCUAUUAUUAUAUUGUUCAUUCCUCCAACAUGGCCGCCGGUUAAUAUUUUGUCUUUUGAAUUUCAUGGGGAUAACUGAAAACGAGUAAUCCGCAUUUUUUUUUGUCACUUGAAUCUCCGACAAUGAUCUGAACUGAUAUAGAAAACGCUAGCACCUGACAUUACAUACAUGCUUGAAAUCGGGUCUAAUACUGGAGCAUGUUUUUUUAUCCCGCAAUAAAGAUUUUGUAGACUAAUUUCAUAAGUCGGUCCCAGUUCGCUCUCGGUUAGAAUUUUUUGUCGGUCAUCCAUAAGAAUUUGAUGUCAUAAAAACGUUACGUCAUCGUGUGGACUUGGUCUAUAGAUAACAAAAUAUUAUUAARUGGUAUUUCCAAACUUAAGCAAAACCCUAAUUCAAUAAAAUGUACAUACAUUCAUAAUAUAAUUCAUUGACAGAAAAUAAAUGACGUUAUACACUAA